ACGCCUGGCGAACAUUACAGAAGGGGGUCUUGUACGGGGACACAGGUGGACAUCUGCUACAUACUGCUGGACAGGGGACCAAAAGAAUAAUGGAGAGCCCAGUGGUUGCGGUGUUGAUACUGGUGUUACUGAGUGGACAGUCAGUCACAGGAAGAGUUCUCAAACAAAUUGUUGAGCCAAGAAAGUAUGACUACACCAAGUAUCACCCUCUGUCUGAGAUCACAGCUUGGAUGAAGCAGAUUGAAACAGAGAACCCGGGAGUGGUAUCUACCACCAUCUAUGGGAAGUCCUAUGAAAACAGAGACAUUGCAUUCCUCAAGAUUGGCCUGAACUCUGCUGAGAACAAAAAGGCCAUCUGGAUGGACUGUGGUAUCCACGCCAGAGAAUGGAUCUCCCCGGCUUUCUGCCAAUACUUUGUCAAAGAGAUACUCCACACUUACAAAACCGACGCCAAGGUGGAGGAGAUGCUCAAGAACCUGGAUUUCUACGUCACCCCUGUGCUGAAUGUGGAUGGCUACACAUACACUUGGAAAGACAAUACGACUCGAUUGUGGAGGAAAAACAGAUCGCCGCCAAGCACAGCCACUUGCAACUGUACAGGCAUAGAUCUCAAUCGCAACUAUGAUGCUGUGUGGGGAACCUUUGGUGUGUCUACAAACUGUUGCUCCAUCCUCUACCCUGGACCCAAGGCCAAUUCAGAGCAUGAGACCAGGGCUGUGGUGGACUUUGUGGGGGCAAGGAGUAAAGACAUCCUCUGCUUCCUGACCAUCCACUCCUAUGGCCAGAUGAUCCUCUUCCCAUAUGGCCACCCGCACAUCAAGGACCCCAACCAUGAUGAGCUGACAGCGGUGGUGAAAAAUGCAGGCCAAGCCAUAAAGGCAGUUCACGGAAUGGACUACAUAGUGGGUGCCCUCGCAGAAGCCUUGUACCCAGCUGGAGGCACCUCCAUGGACUGGGCCCGCCUCAUCGGUAUCCCCUUCUCCUUCACCUUCGAGCUGAGGGAUAAGGGUGAGCACGCCUUUGAACUCCCAGAGAACCAGAUUCAGCCCACCUGUGAGGAGGCCUAUGAGGGAGCUCGCUCCAUCAUCACCUACGUCCACGACAAAACCUUCCACAAUAUUACCACUCUUCCAAAUGCUGCUACCACGUUAAUGGCCACCAUGUGGACUGUCCUGCUCACUUUAUGCCUCUCUAGCGCAUCCCUGCUGUAGAUGAUGCUGACCUUGUGGCUCCUUAGCACUGCCCUGUGUGAAGGAGGGGAACAGCUGACAAUACAAAUCUGUGCUGGGCUAUAGAGUGCUUUGCUCACUGUCUGAUCAACCAAUCUCUAAAAUUUAAUUUCAUUAUUCUUAAAAACAGUACUGAAGAAGAUUACUGAAGAGUUUUGAAUAGUGCCAUGAUGUUUUUGUAGAAACGUAAUUAUUUUCUGAAAUGUAGUUAUUAUGUAUAUAUUUUUGUUGUGUUUCAUGAACAAAACACUGCUAUUUAUGAAAAGCACAUAGUAUUAAAAGGUCUAAAAAUCAGUGCAAUCCAGCAGUAUGGACAGCCGUGGUUAAAAUUGUUGGUAUCAAUUAACGGAAAAAAGAAAAAUCCUCAGUCAUGUUUAAUGUUGCCUGAAAACCCAGACAAACCUGUUAACAAAUUUGAAUUGGCUCUGUAGGUCAGUCUGACAAGGAGGCCAUUGACACCAAAAAAUCAGCACCAAUCACAUUCUUUGGAAUUGAGUAAACAACGCCAUUUACAGCAUUGUCUACAAGAAAAAAAAAGAUUGCUGAGUUUAAAGAACCAGUUUAAAUUGUAUUGUCCCUGGAAGUCGUAAGACAAUCAAGUCUUUCCAGACUCACUCUCAAUCUCAAUUGAGAUUUGAGAAGCAGUCUGGUGUUAACCAGGCUAUGUUUAAUGCAAAUCAGACUUCUUUUUUGACUGUUUAUUUAUAAAAUAUUAAAUAAACAGUCAAUUUAUGUAUUUUAUAAAUAUAAUAUUAAAUUUAUAAAAGAAAUGAAAAACUCAUUGACAAAAAUGAUGGUACCAACCCUUUACCUAAUAGUGUGUUGCAUCAGUCAUCAGUCCAAAGGAUAUUUGUUAUAAGGAUUGGGACUUGACAGUGCAUUUUAGCCAAAGUCUGGCUUUUUUAUGUUUUUAUUUCAACAAUGGAGUAAUUUCAAGGAGCCCACUGAUGUACAGUACCUUGGCCUUGGAGUUCACCUUGGAAGCAAUUUGCACUAUGCUUCAGUCUGGGGUCAAUUUCCCACUUGCAGUCGCAUGAGUUUGGCUCAGGGAUGCUAUGCUAGAAGUCAGUAAGAGUUGGGGGUGCUGAGAAAAUGUUUAUUUGCCCCAUAUGCCUUGCAGUAGUGCAAAAAUCAGGAUUGUAAAGGUCUAAAGUAAAGUAACGUUCUAAAGCUUGAUUUAUGAAAGACAACAAUUGGUAUAUGCUUUGCCUCCUUCAUGCUACUAUCUAAACAGUGAAAAUUGAAAGCCUUACAAACUAGAUGUACCACAUAGCGGUACAAAAUAUGACCGACCCUCAGUCCUGCAAAUUCUAUCUGCAAAAAUAAAUCACGCUUGUCAA